GAGGAGUUUGACUUGUGGGUUGUGCAUGAUGGCCGCGAAUGGAGCUGUGUUGCUGGGUUUGGUAGAGGAAUUCGUAUCGGGCCAGCAGGACAGCAAGGCUGCUGAGACUGCAACAGGAGUGAAAACCGGACUGUUUACCAUAUUGGAACUGGUGGAGGCCUUGGGCUGGAGCCUGACAAGCUGCGAGCCCCGGGUUCGGGCGCGGGGGGUGCAGCUGCUCUCGUGGGUGCUGCAGGAGUGCUGCGGCAGCCUCUCGGAGAAGGAGGCUGAAGUCCUGACAGUCUUUUACGAAAACAGACUGAAAGAUCAUUAUGUCAUAACGCCGCACGUGUUACAAGGCAUUAAAGCGCUGACUCAGAGCCCUGCACUGCCCCCUGGUCUGGCUGUGUCCAUCCUGAAGUCUCUCUUCCAGGACAUCCAUGUACAGUCCCUGAUGCAGGCGGAGCGCUCCUGUGUCUACAGCAUCCUGUUGAACCUGAUGGAGUCGCGAGAGGAAGGUGAAGGUCCAUCGGGGGGGAGGCAGAGGAUGAGCAGCGGCGAGGAGCUGAAGAAGUUAGGUGCAGACUUUGUCUUCGGUUUUGUUCAAGCAAUUGAUGGUGAGAAAGACCCCCGCAACCUCCUUCUGGCCUUUCAGAUCGCAAGGAACAUCCUGCACAGGGGCUACGAGCUGGGGCUGUUUGCAGAGGAGCUGUUUGAAGUGACUUCCUGCUAUUUUCCAAUAGACUUCAGCCCACCCCCUAAUGACCCUCACGGAGUCACCCGCGAGCAGCUGGUCCUGGCGCUCAGGGAGGUGCUGUCCGGCACGCCGAGCUUUGCAGAGUUUCUGCUGCCGCUGCUCAUCGAGAAGCUGGACUCGGACGUGCAGAGUGCCAAGCUGGACUCCCUGCAGACACUGACUGCCUGCACCUCGGUUUAUGGGCACCGUGAGUUGAAGGACUUCCUACCAGGCCUCUGGUCUUCCCUGCGCAGAGAGGUAUUCCAGACCGCUAGCGAGAAAGUGGAGAGCGCGGGGCUGUCUGCUCUUCACAGCCUCACGGCCUGUCUCUCCCACUCCAUCCUGGACUCCGACUCGGAGGACUCCCUGCACGGCUUCCUCGACCUCAUUCUUAAAGACUGCCAGCACCACCUGUGCGAGCCAGACAUGAAGCUGGUGUGGCCCAGUGCCAAACUCUUGCAAGCGGCAGCCAGCGCCUCUUACAGGGCAAGCUACAAAAUUACAGCGGUCGUCAUGCCUUUAUUGCUGGAGCAGUACAACAGUCACACGCAGAAUGCUCAGCGGCGCACCCUGCUGGAGGUAUUGCAAGGAUUCACCCAACGAGCCCAGGGCAGCUCCCCAGAGGAGGGGGACGAGAGCGUGCUGUCAGGCUUCCGCCAGCCCCUGUGCAGCCUGGUGUUCUCCGCCCUGACGGAGUCCAGUCCAGCCCUCCAGGCCACUGCCUCCCGUGUGCUGACGGCCCUGGGCUUGCAGCCAGGCUUGCUUUCGGAGUCGGAUAUCCAGCUGGCCGCUGAUCACCUUACCAGGCUGAUCCUUAGGGAAGAGGACCAGCAGAGCUGUUCAGCUGCAAUGGAGUCUGCGGGCUCCCUGGCUGCUCUGUACCCUGCUGCCUUCGCCGCCAGGAUGGUCCCUCAGCUGAAGGAGGAGAUCUUCUCAGAGCCAACGGAGGAUCGGUCAGCUGGGAGAUCCCAGCAGGCCGUGCGACAGCGUGGGAUGAAGGCGUUGGCAGCCAUUUCGUCUCGGCAUAGCCUCAUCCAGGAGAGCGUGCCGGUAUUGCUGCAGGUCCUCUGCUCCGCCCACGCAGGCAGCGGCUCUUUCUGUGCGGAGGAGGUCGUGUCUGCUUGUCAGAGCCUGCAGCAGAUCGUUGAGCAGUCCCAGGACUCGGAGGAGACCAGCCGCUUCUUCCACCACACUGUCAUCCCUCAGCUGCUGGGGCUGGCGGUCCAGGCAGCGCUGCGCGGCGGAGAUUCCACGACCCCCCGCAGCUGCCUGACGGAGGAGAGGGUGCUCUCCGCGAUGGCGCCGGUGGUCAGCCAAGCCUGCAGCCGCCUGCACUCAGAGCUGGCUGCCCGCACUGCCUCGAUGGCCGUGUCCUUCUUCCUGGACGGAGACUUGACUUUCCUGCCCGAGAACAACUUCCCCAAGCACCUGCAGCUGUUGAAUAAGCAGCCCGACGGCUGGCUGCAGUCCCAGCUGGUCUGCCUGCUGAUGGCCUGUGUCUGCUCUCUGCCCAGGAGUGUGGAGGUUCCCCAGAUUGACAGACUUCUGAGCCAACUGGAGGAGCUGAGCUGUACCUGUACCCACCCCUUUUCCUACACCUCCGCAGCAAAGUGCUUUGCUGGACUGGUUAACAAGCAUCCUGCAGGAGAGCAUCUGGACCUGUUGCUGCAGAAGCUGGUGAAGAGGAUUGAUUCUGAGCUGGACCGCGCCUCCUCUCCCUUCCGAGUUCAGACCUUCACUCUGCUGCUCUGGGUGGCCAAGGCCCUUCUGCUCCGAUACCACCCUCUCUCGACAACUUUGACCGACAAGCUGCUGUCCCUGCUGACGGACUCGGAGCUGGGCCCCCGGGCGGCUGAUGGCUUCUCUCUGCUGAUGACGGACUCCGUGGACGUGCUGAGCCGCGCCUGUCACGCCCACGUGCACAUCAUGUACCGCCAGAGAUUCUUCACCGAGAACUCGCCCAAGCUUGUCCAGGGAUUCAACUCCUCACCCAAAGAGACGAAGUCCUGCUACCUGAAGGCCUUGUCCCACAUGGUGACCAGCCUGCCCAGACAGGUGCAGCUCAGCGAGCUUCCCACGCUCUUGCCCCUCCUCCUGGAGGCUCUCUCUUGCCCCGACCGGGGGGUGCAGCUGUCCACACUGUCCUGCCUACACCCGCUGCUCCUAGACCUGCCCCAGGCCCUGACCCUGCACCUGGACACUCUGGUCUCCCGCCUGCGGGCCCUCACCACCAGCUCCGCCAUGAACGUCCGGAUCUCAGCUCUGCGCUGCCUGCACGCCCUGACCCGGCUCCCGGACCACCUGGUGCUGCCGUUCCGACUGGGGGUUCUGCGUGCCCUGGCCGUGCCCCUGGAUGACAAGAAGAGGCUGGUGAGGAGAGAGGCGGUGCUGGCACGAGGAGAGUGGUUCCUGCUGGGAAGCCCGGGGAGGUGAGCCAGCCCCUCCGAGUGGGAGAGGGAGUCCGUGGGAGCACCUGGACUGGCCCCACAUGGCCGAAACUCCACACUCGGAACACAGGGGCCCGGCACCACCACAGCCUUUAACCUUUUAUAGAACAAUGGUAUUCAGAAGUAUUGUCUGCCCUGCUAAGUGCAAAAAGUAAGGAGUCUUUAUUGAGAACCAGGGUAUGCUGGCCAAGAUAGGGGCCCAGUUACACACACACACCCCUGCCCCCAGGGUGGGGGCAAUUGUGAUCUAACAUUUCACCACCCUAACCAGUGAGCAUGCAGACUGUGAUGUACAGUGUUAGUGAGUGACAGAUGACAUCAGUGGACUCAUUUGUGUUCAUAUUAAACCCUCAUCAGUGUGCCUUCAGUUCUGACUGCUAACAAAGUAGGACAUGGGACAAGUAUUUAAGAUUGCAGCAUGUGUGUUCAUUUCUAUGUAGAAAAUGCCUUACCGCGUAUAUUUAGGGCCAGGUUUAUUUUAUAGUACCCCUUAAUAAUUAUAUAUUAUAAAUGCUAUUUAAUGUUUACGUAAAUCAAAACUAUCUGAAAGCCAAAAUUACAAAUCUGGAUUACAUUUCUUCUCUCUGUAGAAUGUCCAUGUGUUCCUGCACUCAUUAAUUCAGCUGUUAAUGAGUCUGUGCUCCAGGUUCUCUAGCAGUAUACUUGAACUAAGCCUAACUUCACAAUCUCACAGAUGUUCAGCCAAGGAUGUUAACUUUAUAAAUAAAUGUAUCUAUAACUUAAAAUGA